ACCGAGUGCGGCGGCUGUUCUAACGCGACCAGGUUCCCCAAAAAUGGAGAAAUCAAUCACCCAAACUCCCAACAUUCAAUCAACACCCAAAUAAGACAACAAAUCAAAUUCAAUCGGAGAACUACCACUCGGUAGUUCCAGUGAAUGGGGAGAUGGAGAACCUCUCUUUUUCUCUCAAGAUUCGCCGCCGAUUCCUUUUCUCGAAAAACCCAUGUUUUUCAACCUAAUUUUGUUUUCCGCCGUCUCAUUACACCUCUAUACCCCAAUCCCUCGCCUACUUCGCUAACACCCACCACUAAUUUUGGUACUUUUAGGCACUUUUCUGCUUUCUCGAAUGCAGCAAGCCCCAUUUUCGAUCAUGUUAAUUAUGAUGAUGAACAGAAAUAUGCAGAAGAAUUGUUUUUGCACGAUGAAGAUGAUGAAGAGUUGGGGAAGAUCUCCGUCAGAGCUAUCUUUCUCUGUACCAGCGUCGAUUUGAAGAGCUUGCAAGUCGAGAUUUCAAGCCAUGUUGUUCCUCCUACCUCCCGCUCAAUAAAUCAUAUUGCCCUUAGAUUUUGCAAUAUCAAUUCAGAUUAUACGGAGGUCGGUGUUGAAGAAAGCCCUAGCUGUCCCAGUUACAUGGUCGUGUUCCAGUACGGAUCUGCUGUCUUGUUCAACGUGGAGGAUCAUGAGGUCGAGUCUUACCUUGACCUUAUACGAAGACAUGCUUCUGGAUUACUUCAAGAGACGAGAAAAGAUGAUUAUGUCGUCAAGGAAAAACCAUUGUUAAGUGAGGAUAUGCAGGGGGGACCAGAUUACAUUGUUCUGAAAAACCUUGAUAUCGAUAGUAUACGUAUUAUUAGUAGCGUGCUUGGUCAAAGUAUCGCAUUGGAUUAUUUCGUUUCACAGGUUGAUGGCAUGGUUGAAGAAUUUACGGAUAUCAAUCGUGUAAUGGAGAAAACGGGCACGUUUACAAUGGAUAGGAAGAAGCUCUUCCAACUUGUCGGAAAGGCUAAUUCAAAUCUAGCUGACGUGAUUCUUAAAGUAGGACUUUUUGACAGAUCAGAGAUUGCCUGGAGAGAGGCGAAAUAUGCUCAAAUAUACGAGUACCUUCGCGAGGAGUAUGAAGUCACCCAACGCUUUGGAAAUCUUGAUUACAAACUGAAGUUUGUGGAGCAUAAUAUUCAUUUUCUACAAGAAGCCCUCCAAAACCGGAAGUCGGAUCUCUUGGAAUGGUGCAUUAUAGUGUUGUUGAGCAUCGAGAACGUUAUAGGAAUAUAUGAAAUCAUUCAGGAAACGAACAUAGUCGUGAUGUGAUGGAUAUAUUGAUAAAAGAUAGAUUUUAUUUUACAUACAAACUAAAUACCAGAUUGAUUUUGGAC